UACAUCGCCCAUGCACUUUCCUUUUGCUGUUCGUGAAACUACAGGCGGCGAUAUAAAUUUGUCGCGGGAGAGAGAGAGAGAGGGAGAUAAACAAACGAUGUGUAGCUCGCACUCUGAUAAGUUUCUUCGAGUUAUUAAUGAAUGAAAGGCAGUAACCCCCUGCUGCGGUGCUACAGGACCAGUGAUAAGCCUGUGAUUUAGUGACUUAAAUAAGUGGAGCGUCUUGAACGGUUGCAUCCAGAGGGAAGCAGUCACAUAAUCCUCCUCCAGGGGUUUGAAGUAUAAUUUGAGCCACCGUUUGAUUAGUAUGCUUGUGGGUGAGCGGUGGAUUGAUUAGAGAGUACAAAGGAAAAGCGCUUUAACAGCAUGAUGGACGUUCACUCAUUUUCACAAACUCCUCUCCUGUUCCUGACAUUCCUCCAGCAAAGACCUCUGAACAGUGAGCUAAAGAGGGAGCUAGAGAAGAUGCAUUGUGACAUGAAACUCCGUGCAGCUCCAACUGGAAUAACUGACCAUAUAGUGUAUACCCAGAACCAUGACUUAGACUCCAACAUUGAAUGUGAUGGCGAGCUGCAAACAGACGGACAUUCAGUUCAAAGAAUUGUGCUACACGAUGUUCCUCAAGUUGAGCAUGUAUUACCAGUGCCUUUUGACGAAGCGAACGCGGUACGGGAGGUGGCUGCUGAACUUGUUAGAAUGGCAGAUGAAUUAAAUCACAUCAUUGUCUCUCAAGCUGCUGAGCGUCUGACCAAGACACUUAGCACUUCUCCUCAAAAGUGUUUGUGGAGCUGCUUGUCUCAGGGUGUCGACACCUUACUGAAAGACGUGCCUGGUAUGCACAGUGAGCGAAUGGUGACGGCGCUCACCUUCUCCCUGGCGAGGGCAGUCUGUGAACGUGCGCCUCGUCUGCUUCGUGACCUCUGUAACACCAUGAUGCAAUACACCUUCACGAAUACUCCUAGUUGACUUGUUUCAUUUACACCGAAGUGUAACCUACAUCCUAAGGUUACUGUUGCUUGUUUUUUGUUUUCAUCUAUGAUAAAUGUUUACUUGUUUCUUAGUAGAAGAAAGAAAUACAUGAUUGUUGUUUUUGGUUCAUUUUUGUCUGUUUUAUCAGUGAAUCGAUUUGGGAUGUUUUGAAUUUGUUGUGUAAAUAAACACAAAAAUGCAUGAA